UACUUGUCGUUGUCAAAACCUUUUUAGUUUUUGGUUUGUGCUUCGCUUUCAUUUUGUGAAUUACGAUUUACGAUACAUUAACAGCAAUUAAAAACAGCGUUAAUAUAUUAAAUCAAGUGAGAUCGGUUGCGAUUUAAUACAUCUUGAUAAACAACAACAGAUUAGAAUGCCCAAUGACAAGGAGGGACCUUUACCCGAGGGAUGGGAGAUGAGGAAAAGCAGGUCAACGGGUAUGGCAUACUUUCUCAACACGUACACGAAGAAAUCCCAGUGGGAGCGUCCCGACGCGCCCGCCGACCCAGGUGAGAUCCGAUGCAGCCACAUUCUUGUUAAGCACGCCCAAAGCCGGCGGCCGUCGUCAUGGCGCGAAGAAAACAUCACACGUAGUAAGGAAGAAGCUUUGGAGAUCCUUAAGAAUUACAGGAAACAAAUAGUAGCGGAAGAGGCCACGUUUGUGGAUAUUGCUACGAAAUUCUCUGAUUGUUCAUCAGCUAAGCGUGGAGGUGAUCUUGGCUCGUUCGGUCGUGGGCAAAUGCAGAAGCCAUUUGAGGAAGAGGCUUAUAAACUGAAGAUUGGACAGCUCAGCAAGCCCGUUGAAACUGAUUCCGGUGUUCAUAUCAUCUUGAGAACUGCUUAAGUCUCAGAUAUAACAAUAUAACUCUAAUUGCACUCUUACUUAUUAUUUACUUCUUGGUAUUAAAAACUUUAAAGUACAUAUACUAUAUUUUAUAAAUCGCUCACAUUUGAAAUCCUUUUUACUGUGCACUAAUUGUUAUCAUUAUUUAGAAUUAAUGGCUUGUAUCACAGCUUCUUAAAAUUAUCUGUUAAGCUUGUCUUUUAUUUAAAAUAACAGAUUAUAUAUGAAAGAAUAUGUUGAAAGAAAGAAAAUGUCCAAUAGGCUAUCAGGAGCACAAACAUUAAGCAAUGACACCAGCCUUAAUCAAAAAGUGGUAAAUGUACACCGUAUAGUGUACAUUAUUAAAUGUUAUUUUAAUAGAAAUAAUAUAACUGAUAUUCCUAAAACUAAGGAGGUUCUCAAUGUCACAGAUAUUUUUUUUUCUUGAUUAUGUUUCUUUUUAAUUCCAUGGGUUUUGAAAUAAUUUAUGUGAUUCUUAUUGUGUUAGAAAUUUGCUGUCAUUUGGUCAAAUUUUAGAAUUUGCAGUGGUUACCAGGAUUUGUAACCUUUUUUUUAGAAGUUAUUUUUUUUAAUUAUUUAAUGGAUUACAAUUAUUAGCAAAUGUUUUGAAAUUGCGUUGUAAUUGUAAAAUAUAGUUCAGUGAGACUCACAUAUAUUUUACAAUUAUCCUUUGUUUGAUUGUCUUUAUGACCAAGACAUGCCCAUCCUACUGAGUAUGUAUUAGUGAGGUAUUACUACUAAAUGUCACAAGGCAGAACAUAUAAAUAAUUUUGUAGGUACAUACUAUAGAAAAAUGAGUAUAGACAAGUUAAGCUUUUAUAGCUUAUUGCGCUUAGGAUUUUAAGAUUUCAUUGAGGGGUCUACAUGAGCUAAUAGCGUGUUUUUAACACAUUAAAGUAUAUGAUCCAAUGUA